AUGUUGCAUCGUAAUAUUUUUUUUUGCAAUAAGAAACAUGAGCGCUCUGAGGAAUGUCCUCUAGAAAUAUGGGAAAUCAUCUUUUCCCUCGCCUGCAGAGAUGACGGAAGCACGGCUCUCGCCCUUUCCCAAGUCUCGCGGUCGAUCAACUUCGCAUACUCGAAACCUUAUCGAUACCAAAGCGUCGCUCUCACGCGUUGCGAGCAAAUCAUCGCGUUCGGAUCCGUGAUAUCGUCCUUCCCUCCUGAGCUCAGACGCGUCAAAAACCUCUUCGUUCACAAUCCUCUCCCGAAGGUCUACACGUCGGACAUCUAUAACUCGGAUGAAGAUAUGGAUGCCAACCAUGACGGGUAG